GUAUAAAUAAUACGUGGAUUGGACUGAUAACACCCAUUUGACCCGGCCCAUAAAAGGGAAGAGGUUUAUUCUGUAUACUGCCAUUUUUAGGGUUUUAGACAAUCUUCAGGUUUCUUCUUCACCAAUAUUUCCAGGGUCCAAAUCCACUAUCAGUCAAGAAGAAAAAGAAAUCUGCUGAUACAAAUAGUGUUUACCUCGGGAAAGGAAAGCAAGCCUGCUGAGGGAACUGUGAGAAGCAGGAAGAAAAGGAAGAGAUCGCGCAAAAGUGUUGUACAAGGAACUGCAUAGUGUGCAAGGCAUCCGUUAGGAAAUCUUUUGGCCCCGACUGGCUUUUAUCAGGUGUUGUUUCCUCAACUUUCUUGUGUUGGUCUAUGUGAUAUUUAUGAGUUUGUUUCCGACCAGCAUAUGUACCGGGAAACUCUGCCCAACCAAACUUUAGGCAGGCGGGAGAAAUCACCUAGUGAAAGUGAACCCUCCGUUUCUUCUGCAACUACAAUACUCUCUCUGGGUCAGUAGUGGAAGAAAGAAAGAGAGUAGCACAAUGGUUUCGCCGCACGAAAUCAAACUGGCUGUUUAUCUCAUCAAUUCUUAUUUCGGUGAUCUUAACGCUAAAGUUUGCGACUGUCUAUUGCGAAGAGGAACACAACCUUUAGCUCAGGUUGUACGUUUCACAGAGCUUAGCAGAGAGAAUGUUAGGAACUGUUUGCUUGUGCUUAUUCAUCACAAUUGUGUUCAAGCCUUUGCCGUGCAACAAGAAGGUGCAUUUGGGGAGGCACCAAAAGUUUUUACACAAUACAUGGCACUAUUUGACAACAUAAUACAUAAAUUGAGGUUCCCUAAGUUUAUAGAGAUUGUGUCUGAGGAGCUGGGAAAAGAGUGUGAAGAGAUUUUUGAAGGGUUACUUCAGCAUGGUAGGCUUUCACUCAGCCAAAUUAUAGAUAGAUACAAGCAGACAUCGAAUCUAGGAGAUUCUAGCGCUGAUGCUGCACGAGAGAGCUUCAACAGACUAGUUAACGCUAGAUUUGUGGAACGAUGUCCUGCCCCUGAACCAUUUCUUGAACCACCUACUGAAGAAGAAACUGCUGCAAAGAAACGAGGUGCUAAAUCUGCAAAGAUUCCAGCGCAAACCCUUGAACAACGAGCCUUAGCAGCAGCAGCUCCGAUGGAAUCCUUGAGAUUCUUAGUUGAGACAGACACCUGGAAUAGUUCUGAGGAAAAAACUGACGUAAAGACCAUGGAUGUGAAAUGUGGCACAAAGCGGAAGCAAGAUAAUUUAGAGUCAAACACAGAACUGCUGGAUACAGAAGAAAAGAAAGUACUCUGGCGUGCCAAUUUUGAAGAAUUCAUUCGCCGCUUGAGGCACAAGGCUUGCGUUGCAAAUGUGAAAGUAAAUGUCAACAAUGAUGCUGCCAUUAUUCUUGCUGCAACCCUGGAGUUGAGUAGACAUUCUGAAACUAAAUUGAGAAUUGAUAACUCAGUUCCUCAGUCCAUAAAUGCUAUUUAUGAUGAGGUGAUAAAGAGGGAAGGUGGUCUUGGUAUGGACUUGGAGCGUAUCAGAGCUUCCCUUGGUGAAUUAGGAUGUAAAGCUCCAUUGACGGACAUAGAUGAAACUUAUAGUGUAGAUUUGAAGAACAUUAUUGAACAGGCUCGCAUUGAAGAGGUGGAAUCCAUUGUAUUAAAAAGGUACGGGAGGGAAGCCUACAGGAUGUUCAGAUUACUGUCUAAAAAUGAUCAUCUUCUGGAAACGGAUAAGAUUUCAGAUACCACAUUUGUUGAAAAGAAAGACGCACUCAAGAUUCUAUUUAAGCUGUGGAAAGAUGACUACUUAGACAUGAAGAAAGUUAUUACACCUGGAGCAAGGCAAUCAGAAUUCGUUCUGUGGAAAAUUAAUAAGCAGUCCCUUUGGCAACAUGUUCUAGAUGAAAUGUACCAUGCUGCCCUUAAUUUGAGAUUGAGAAUAACACAUGAGCAAGAACAAGAAAAAGAGAUUCAUCAGAUGCCCAGAGAAAGGAUGGUAGGGGAACUGGGCGAUAGAUACAAGCGCUUAAGAAAAGUUCGGAUUACCCUGGAAUCUUCCCUAAUGAAUCUUGACGAUUCUCUCAUGCUCUUCCAUGACUUCUGAUCUAUUCUAUCCUACUUAUUCCAUCUCAGUUACAGAAUUCGCCUCUGUUUGUGCUCAACUCACGCACUUAUUCAUUGCUUUUUGUUAGAGAAAAAACGUUAAGUAUUCAUUUUUAGUUGGCUCCGUCUCAAUUCAGUUCUUAAUGCCAUGACUUAGCUAGAGAAUACUGAUUUUUAGAAGUCAUCAUCUGUUAUUCAGCAAAGGGGCGUUAUAAAUAUUUGUCCCCUUUGGCAAGGUCUUGGUGUCUUUUUUAAGUUAAAAAAAAAAGGUCUUGGUGGCUUUCAGUAGGCACAAGCACAACCA